AUGCUGCUUUCCGUCUUCGUCGCCAGUUUCGGGCUGCUACAAGCCUCUGCGCUCGAGUACACCUACCCACUCUCAGCGUCCGACCCCUUCCUGGUCGUGAGCCCUCAGCCCGAACUCCGCAACACCUCGCUCUCAACCAACGCGACGACGUUCUCGGCGCGUUCCGGGCUGCAAAUAUCAGUCAACACGCCUCUGAUCGGCGCGCAGUUCGAGGGCCGCAUCGUCUCCGCCUCGAGCGCCAAUCUGCUCCUGCAGACGGGGAAACAGAGGAAGAAUGAGAUUGCAACGCAAGGGGAGUGGGAUACGUUGAUUGGGGACUCGUUCCCCACCUCAGAGGGGGAGGGGGGCACGAAGCUGAGUACGACGUUUGACGGCGACCUCGUCCUGCGCCAGGUGUCGCUCACCUUCAAUCUCGUGUCGAGCAAAACGGCCUUCAACCAGCAACAAAGUGACGAGCAACCCCUCGUCGCUUCUGACGGCAAGCUGGCUCCAGGACCUCAGUUCGACGGCGACUGGUCCGUCGCCGAAACGAGUAUCGGUAGCUACGCCCGGGGCAAGGGCAUUGUUUCCAUCCCUCUUCUGGCGGGGACGAGCUUCGCGGUCCUCACCGGCGUGCUCGGGAAGGAUAUGGGGAACUACAGUGCUACACUGGUCCCUGCACGUGAGGGAGCCAAGGAGGGGAACGUGACGUACUCGGCCCGGAACGCGGAGGACGGCACGGGCGUGCUCUGGCUCGGCGCGCUGGAUCCGGGAACGCAGCACGCGCUCCGGCUCGAAUCGGCGCAGGCGAUGGGUCUGUACAAGCUGCGGCAGUACGGCGAUAGCCUCGCUGUGGUCUCCGGUUCGUCGUCCAGUCCCUCCAGCCCAUCGGGGAGCGCCUCGCCCUCGCCCUCGAGCUCGGCGCCCACCGCCUCGCCCAAGUCGUCCACGAACAUCGGGGCUAUCGCGCGGUGCUGCUCUUCCGCCGCCGCCAGAGGCGCCAUCGAGGAAGAGGACAAGCCCGAGGGCGAGUAUCGCGCCAUUGUCGAGGAUUUCGUCACGCCGUACACCCUCAGCGGGGGGAGUACUCAGUCGCCCUCAUCGGCUUCGGGGAAGGGCGGUCCGACUAUGCCGGCUUCGACUCAGGCUAGGCCAAACCUGCACGUCGAGACGGGGGUGAGGGAGGCGGACGCGGGCCCGCUACCCGAGGAACCGGAACAGACGCUGCCGCCGCUGUAUGACCCGACGUGGCGGUCGGCGAGCAGCCCGAGUGCGCCCAGUACACCAGUCGCGAGUAUGCCGACGAAGCGAUAG